CAAAAAUGAAGCAACAAAUUCUUCUAGCUCUACUGCUAACCACCAAAGCAGCCCUAGUAUUGAGCUUAUGCGAAGACUGGACCACUUGCCACAGGGUGAAAUGUGCUUUGCCCCCUAAUCCUUGCCCUAGGAAUGAGCCCUAUUUAAUUUGGGACGAUUGCGGCUGCUGUCAACAUUGCAGUGAAAAGCCUAAAGUGGGUCCUUGCGGCACUUGUGGCAAAGAUGUGAUUUGUAAGGAAAAAGAACCAAUAUGUGGGGAGAAUCAGACAGUUACUAUAGAUUAUUGCGGGUGUUGUAAAGUUUGUAAAACUAUUGUUGAUGUUGGAUGUGGAUGUUCAGCUUGCGGUCAAUCGAGUACAGUUUGUGCACCAGGAUUGGAAUGUUUCAGAGGAACUUGUCAGAAAUUGUGUGUUUGUGAAGUUUAGAUUGUUUUUAGUUUUAUUUUAUUUAAGAUUUCUAUGGUAUCUACUUAAUAAUUAUUGAUAAAGAAAGCUGUAUUGUUUUUUUUUUAAAUAAAAUAACAAAUAACUCAACGCUGAAAACACAAUGACAAAUACAAGGUACAAGAGACAGAUACAAAAUAUCAAAAAAUCGAAAUUCUGUAUCGUGGAGUGGCAAGUAAAUUGUAUCCUGUGUCCAUUUAUUCUGUGUUAUAGCAUUGAAACACGUGUUAUUAUAUUUUUGUCUCUUGUCACUUGUACCUCGUAUUUGUCAUUGUGUCUUUGGCCUAAUGGAAAAUAGGAAAGAAUAUGAGACAUAUCACUUUAA